GAUUAGUUUUCCUUGCAGACGCUUACUAAAACUGACUAGCAAGGUCAUUAACACAACUUUCGUUGGACUUUUACGGUUUACUGAACAGGCUAAUUAAAUACACUGUACCUCUCUAGUUAGUAAUUUGGAUGAUUGAACAAGAUGUAUAAUUGAUAACUGAAGCACUUAAGGGCCAAUAACAUAAAUAAAGAUGCGUGUUAAAGGUCAAACAGUUAAACGUCUGAUCUAUACUGGUCUAGCUGCUGGAGGUGGAUUAUAUCUGGCUUCAUUCUUCUCUCAAAGGAAAAGAGCUAUUGGAACAGUUCUUGCUGAAGAACAACAGGUUCUGCCCAACCAGGUUCUACCCACAAGAGAAGAGAUUCAUAGAUCACUUCAGACAGAAGAAUUUGAUGUGCUAGUUGUAGGUGGUGGUGCUACAGGAUGUGGUGUAGCUUUAGAUGCUGUCAGUAGAGGAUUGAAAACAAGUCUUGUCGAGAAGUUUGAUUUUUCAUCUGGUACAAGCAGCAGAAGUACAAAACUAAUCCAUGGAGGUGUACGAUAUUUACAGAAAGCUGUAUUUAAUCUUGACUAUGAACAGUAUCGAAUGGUAAAAGAAGCAUUGAAGGAAAGAUCUAAUUUAAUCGACAUAGCUCCACAUCUUGCCUAUCCAUUUCCUAUCAUGUUACCAGUUUACAAGUGGUGGCAAGUACCCUAUUUCUGGGCUGGUAUAAAAAUGUAUGAUUUAGUGGCAGGUCGGGAGAAUCUAAAACCAAGUUAUUAUCUCAGCAAGAAAAAGGCAUUAGAGUUAUUUCCCAUGUUAAAGAAAGAUAAGUUGGUUGGUGCACUGGUUUAUUAUGAUGGACAACAUGAUGAUGCUAGAAUGAAUAUAGCUAUAGCUAUGACAGCUAUAAAGAUGGGAGGAUCCCUAACUAAUCAUGUAGAAUGUGUAAAAAUAUUAAAGAAAGAUGAUGGUAAUGGAAAUCAAGUUGUUUGUGGUGCAAGGGUUAAAGAUGUAGAAACUGGAAAAGAAUGGGAUAUUAAGGCUAAAUGUGUUAUAAAUGCUACUGGACCAUACACUGAUGCUAUACGAACAAUGGCUGAUCCUAACAAGAAGAAGAUCUGUCAACCUAGUUCAGGUGUUCAUAUAGUUCUACCUGAUUAUUACAGUCCAGAAAGUAUGGGUUUAUUGGAUCCUGCUACUAGUGAUGGUCGUGUUAUUUUCUUUCUACCCUGGCAAAAAGUUACAUUAGCAGGUACAACUGAUAGUCCCUGUGAUGUAACAGAUUAUCCACAACCUACAGAAAAAGAAAUACAGUUUAUUUUAAAUGAAGUGCGUAAUUAUCUUAAUCCUGAUGUUGAAGUACGACGUGGUGAUGUAUUAUCAGCUUGGAGUGGUAUGAGACCACUAGUUGCAGAUCCUAAUAAAAGUGAUACACAAUCUAUAGCUAGAAAUCAUAUAAUAGAAGUUACAGCAGAUAAACUUAUAACUAUAGCAGGUGGUAAAUGGACAACAUAUCGUCACAUGGCAGAAGAAACGAUAGAUAAAGCUGUAGAAGUGUGUAAUUUAAAACCUGUCAGAGAUUGCUGUACUACUGGUUUACUACUAGAUGGCGCUCAUAGCUGGAGUCCUACAAAGUUUAUACGACUGGUACAAGAUUUUGGUUUAGAGAAUGAAGUAGCCCAACAUUUAUCUAAUACAUAUGGUGAUAGAGCCUACAAGGUUGCUAAGUUGGCUAAUUUAACAGGUAAAAGAUGGCCGAUAGUAGGUCAAAGAUUACAUGAUGAAUUCCCUUACAUCGAGGCUGAGGUGAGGUAUGCGUGUAGAGAAUAUGCUCUAUCUGCUAUAGAUGUAAUAGGACGAAGAACACGGUUAUCAUUCUGUAAUGUACUAGCAGCAGAUGAAUCUCUACCUAGAAUAAUAGAAAUAAUGUCACUUGAACUCGGUUGGAACAAAACUCGACAGAAGGAAGAGCUAGAGAAGGCUAGACGAUUUCUUCGACGUGAAAUGGGAUUAGAUAUUAAGAAAGCCAGCGAAAGUAUAGCACCAAUUAACUUCAGUAAAGAUGAGAUAAAUAUGUAUGUGAAACGAUUCAAGUCGUUAGACAGCGAUAAUAAAGGUUAUAUCACAAUUAAUGAUCUCCGCAGAUAUUUCAAGAAAAUUGGUGAAAAAGUAACAGAGGACCAGUUACAUGAAAUAUUAAAUGAAGUAGAUUUAAACCGAAAUGCUCAAGUAGAUUUAGGAGAAUUCUUACAGUUGAUGAGUGCCAUCAAGACUGGUGUAUUGUCCAACAGUCGUUUAGCCAUGGCAUCAGAAUUAGCAUCUGAAGCAGAGAAAAUACCAGUUGAACGAAGUGGUGGGGGUGUUUAAUACACUACACAUGCUGAUAACCAGUCUGUUCCCGGGUUCACAAAGCAUCCUAAUUAAAAUAUAGUCCUUUAUAAAACUUUAGAUGUUUUAAUAUAUCAAAUACAUCAAUAAGAAACCAUGUGCAAAGUUUUAUGUUUCUGGAUCAAAGAUAUUUCUCAUAAACAGUGAGAAACUUAAAGUCUGAGAAUACUUUGUGAACUGGGGACCUUGUCCAACUUGUUUCUGAAGCGCUGAUCAUCACAACUUGCUGAUCAUCACCACUUGCUGGUUGAACUAUCCAAGUUACCAUAUCAACUGUUUGUUAUAAAAGUUCAAAUGCUGUCCUCUGUUACCCUUUUGAGGGCUUGUGUUGCUCUCAAUCAGUCACGGCUGUAAACCUGUUAAUUAUUCACUGAAUGUCCAAAUCAAUAUCGCACACAAUUUAAGUCCGUUGAAUAAGGGUUAGGGCCAGAUACUCCAGUUAAUUUACGGAAAUCUCUGAAGUUUAAACGAUUUGAUUGUAGACCUUAUUAGCUUAAUAUUGUAAUACUGUAGGUAGUCUAUUCCAGUCAAGUUAGGUAGUCUAUUCCAGUUGGGAUGAUCAGUACAUCAGAAACAAGUUUUACCACUAAAUAUAUGUUUUAUUAGGCCCACAUACAUAAUAUCAUUCUGUCAUAUUUAUUGUAAUCUUCCCCGACAAUCCUACAUAAAAUUAUCACUGUAUUGUGACCUCUUUUGAGCACCAUACAUAGUACAUAUUUUUUUUUUUGAUAUUUAUUUUAUUUAGUUGAUAUUAUACAUAUUCCAUAAAAUUUUCUACAAAAAAUAAAAGAUGAGAUCUGAUAUGAUAAGAUUUGGAAACAUUGUGCCAUAUAGUUCAUUAUAUGAUACUUGCAUAUUCAGCAAUCUGGAUUAAGAAAAUGAUAUUUGAACUAAAAUAUUUUAUUUGAAUUAAGAUUUUUGUUUGUUUUCUUUGUGAAUACUUUUUUUUAGGGUCCAAAUAUAGCUGUGUGGUUAACCCAUGAAUCAUCCAAUAUGAAUUAUUCCUUGUCUAGAUUUUUAGAUUCCAUCAAGAAAAGGAAUCAGAAUACUUUUUAAAAAGAUGUAAAUUUAAAUCACAAAGAAAUGUUUAGGUUGUUUUUAUAAUCAUAAAUAAAUAUAUAUAUAUCAUGAGAAAUAAUUUAAAUCUAUUUAAUUCUGAUCGUCAAGUUAAAUCUUCAUCUUUAUUUGGCAUCUGCAAUUUCUGGCAUUCAGCACUUUGAGCUAAUCAAAGGCACAGUAAAUAUGGAUCUAAUCAGAACUUUGGGCUCAUUCUAGUAUGUGUAUAACUGUAAUGUUAGUAUGUGUGAACAUUUUCUUGUACAUUUUUAGUUAAAAGCAUUUCUAUACCCCUCAACUUCAAUCUGCUGGAAUAAUGAUUUGAAUCCAUUUUAUCCAUUGAGUUCAUAUAUUGUAUCGAUUGUACAGAAGUGUAUAUUUAUCAAAUAUCUUGUAUCUUUAUAGAGGUAUUUAAGGAACAUUUUCCUACAGGGUAGAUGAAAAGACUGUAUUAUGAAAAGUGGAUGGACAUUUAUGGCAUUUGUGUUUAUAUGUAACAAAUGUAUUACACAUCUAUUUAGAAAAUGACUGUUAAUGCAGCAUUUAGUAAUUGAAGACAUUAAACUAAAACAUAAUGCUACCAUGAAAGAGAAUUUCGGUCAGAAAUAUUACCGGUAUAUAAGUUUUUAUAAUAGUUCAAACUCAUUUAUUUCUAUGCCAGUGUGUUCGCCCCAAAUAUUUAAUGCAUUUUUCAAUGCUGUCCAAUCUCAGCAUUAAGUGCUAUAGUUAUCAUUCACUUUGUUUACUUUUUAUAUCUUAUGUUUAAUGAUUUCCUUAAAACGUGCUAUUUUAUUUAAAUUUUUUGUACCUAGAAUUGUAAAUUACUUAUCAUUAAACAUUGGUAUUUUAUAGGUUCCUAAUUCUGAUUUAGUUAUGAUGUACCUUUUACAUACGUUUUGUAAAAAAAUAUUUAAUUGUUUACGCAGUAUAUAGGUAAAGAUAUCUCAAAAUAUCACACUAUAACUUAUUUGUAACAAGGUAGAAUAUUCCUAAACACAAAUGAAAAAGAAUAUUCCUAAACACAAAUGAAAAAGAAUAUUCCCAAAUAUAAAUGAAAAAGAAUAUUCCCAAACACACAUGAAAAAGAAUAUUCCCAAACACAAAUGAAAAAAAAAUAUUCCCAAACAUAAAUGAAAAAGAAUAUUCCUAAAUAUAAAUGAAAAAGAAUAUUUCUAAACACACACGAAAAAGAAUAUUCACAAACAUAAAUGAAAAAAAAAUAUUCCCAAACAUAAAUGAAAAAGAAUAUUCCUAAAUAUAAAUGAAAAAGAAUAUUUCUAAACACACAUGAAAAAGAAUAUUCCCAAACAUAAAUGAAAAAGAAUAUUCCCAAACACACAUGAAAAAGAAUAUUCCCAAACACAAAUGAAAAAAAAAAAUUCCCAAACAUAAAUGAAAAAGAAUAUUCCUAAAUAUAAAUGAAAAAGAAUAUUUCUAAACACACAUGAAAAAGAAUUUUCCCAAACAUAAAUGAAAAAGAAUAUUCCCAAACACACAUGAAAAAGAAUAUUCCCAAACACAAAUGAAAAAAAAAUAUUCCCAAACAUAAAUGAAAAAGAAUAUUCCUAAAUAUAAAUGAAAAAGAAUAUUUCUAAACACACAUGAAAAAGAAUAUUCCCAAACAUAAAUGAAAAAAAAUAUUCCCAAACACACAUGUAAAAGAAUAUUCCCAAACACAAAUGAAAAAGAAUAUUCCUAAACACACACAAAGAAUAUUUCUAAGCACAAAUGAAAAAGAAUACUCCUAAACACACACGAAAAAGAAUAUAUUUCUAAGCAUCAAUGAAAAAGAUUUUUUUUAAAUUUUUUUAAUUGAAUAUUGCAUAACCAAUUUGAAUAUAUUUCAGCCUUGAUUAAGCUGUGAAAUAUUCAAUUUUGUUUUAAAAAUACAAAUGAUAUAAUCAGUUUUUAUGCAAAUUUUGAUAAAAAGUUUGGUCAUGGAGGGCGUGUGCAUAUCUCACAGUAAAGACUGUCGUUGUUUAUGGUGUUUAUCGUAGAUAUGUUGUCUUAUUUUAUUAUACUUAACGAACGAGCAGGUGGGGGGAAACCAGGGUACCCGAAGUAAACCCACGAGGUUGAGAAGGUACACCUAUCUCUAAGCAACAUACACUCACACCAGUGAUUGAAAGCAAGACCACAAGCCAGAGGUGAACGACCAGCUGGAGCACGAAGUGUGACACACUAAACCACUAGCCCAUCCAAACCCCCCUACAAUAAAGAUUCACAUUUACCACUUUAUAUUGUUAGAGGGCGUGGCAUUCUAUAAUCUACAUUUAGGUACAAAGAGCUGACCAUUCUUGCUAUAAUGAUUCAAAAAUAGAUGAUAAAAAAAAGAAAAUAUUGAAAAUUUCAGUCAAAUUACUUUAUUCUGAACAAAGUUGUCACUUUUGGAAGUUUGGACUAGAAAUAAGCAUCAACUGUCUCCGAGAAUUGCUGAUCGUUUGAUUGACAGACAAUUUACAGAUAAUUUUCAAUGGCCAUGGUACCCUCGAUUAGCAGGUAUUUCAUCGGCAGUCUCAGGUAGUGACGUCAGUGAUAACGAUAACGGUAAACAUUAGCCUGGUCAGCCAUUUAUUGAUUUAAUUAUUAAAUGGACAACUGUUUAAAUCCAAGCCAUCGAGGGUCUACAGAGUUGAUUUUGAGAUUUUCAUGUAAAUAAAAGUCUAAUUAAUAAUUUCUAUAACAUCUGGUUAGCGUGCGCGCGCUGUAUCAUAAAGUCUGUCAUUGAGUCGACUGGCGUGGUUUCGAAUCCCCGGUUGUACGUGGCAAGGAGUAGGGUCGCCUGUCCAACCUCGUGGGUUUUCUCCGGGGCCUCCGGUUUCCUCCCACUGCUAAAGACCCCUACGCGCAAGCGAAUUAUGUAAAUAAAAUUAAACCAUAUGUUAGUCCCGAAAUGACCUAGUUUGUGUCGAGUGGACGUUAAACCCCAUUUCUCUCUUUCUCUAUAACAUCUGAAGCUUAAACAAAGACUGGCAAUAGACAGAUUUAGCUCUUCACUAAUUAAUGUAUCUUUAAUAUUUUUUUGUGCUAUUGAUUGUUUUAUGUAUUUGUUAAUAUUAUAUUCGAUUGCUGCCAAUCAAUGUAUUAUUGUACCUUCUUAAUGUUGGACCAUGUGGUACGUAACAAAUAGUUCUAAAUAUAAUUAUAUAUAUAUAUACUGCUGUUAUGUUUCAAACUUUCUUUGUAAAAACAUAAAUUAAAGUUUUCACAGAUCA